CAUACAUGGAUCUCUAUCCCUAUCUAUCUCUAUCUCUAUCUGAGAGCCAAAGCACCUAUCUCUCCCAACUCUCGAGAUAUAUGCUCACACACGCACGCAUAAUCUCUGUAAAUCGAUCUUUUUCCUUAAUUACCUCAUUCACAUCAGCAUUUCUUGUCUUUCUUUCUUUCCUUUCUUCUCUCCUUCGGUUUCAGUGCGUGCUCUCCUCUUUAACCUAAUCCCCAUCUCAUCUCGAUCUUCACUCACUCAUCUCCUAUAUAUAUUGCACAUUCAGUCUGUGCUUUACCUAUCCAGCUGAUCGCGUCUGAGCUUAGGGAGUGUUUGGCAAGUGAAAUUUUAGAAAAUGUUGAGUUUAAUGGAAGAAGUUAUGAGUGAGCUGAUGGGUAGGGAAGAGGUGAACGAACAAGGUCUUCCACCUGGUUUCAGGUUCCACCCAACUGAUGAGGAGCUCAUCACCUUUUACCUCGCUUCCAAGGUCUAUAAUGGCGCUUUCUGCGGCGUCGACAUAGCUGAGGUCGAUCUCAACAGAUGUGAGCCCUGGGAGCUACCAGAUGUGGCGAAGAUGGGGGACAAAGAGUGGUACUUCUUCAGCCUCCGGGACCGGAAGUACCCGACCGGCCUUAGGACCAACCGAGCCACCGGCGCUGGCUACUGGAAAGCCACCGGCAAAGACAAAGAGGUUUACAGUGCCUCCAGUGGGGCCCUUCUUGGGAUGAAGAAGACCCUCGUCUUCUACAAGGGCCGUGCCCCCCGCGGCCAAAAGACCAAGUGGGUCAUGCACGAGUACCGCCUCGACGGGGACUUCUCCUCCUACCGCCACACGUGCAAGGAUGAAUGGGUGAUAUGCAGAAUACAUAACAAAUCUGGGGACAAGAAGAACCCAAUGCAAGCUCAAGGGCAAGGGGAAGGGCAACAGAGUAAUUUCCUGCAACAAGUUGUGGAAGCUGCUUCUGCUUCUUCCAGAACUGGCUGCUUGCCUCCAUUGCUGGAAUGUCAAUCUCAGACGACUCAUCAGAACCCUAGUUUUCUGCAAAGCCCUAGUUUACUGCAGAUUCAAGAAAACGACUUGAUGAAAAGUCGUAAUCAACUGUUUCAACAGCCCUCAUUAUCAUCAUCAUCUUCAUCCUCAGCAGCAGCACUGCACUCCAUGCUCUUCAAGUCACUCCUCUAUUCACAUCAAGAUCAAGCUGGCACUGGUACUAGUGCUCCUAAACAGUGCAAGGCAGAGGCUACUAAUCUUUCCCAGUUCCAAACUCCACCUCUUAAUGCUGCUAACUUCAACUACUUGAUGGAAAAGAAUCACUCUCAUCAUCAACCAAACGUCGCAGACUCAUUGCUUCAGUUUCAUUACCAUCCCCGAAAUGCACUCUCUUUCGAUGACUUCCAUUAUUACAAUGGUGUGUUGGGGCUUUCUACAUCUGCUACUGCUGCUGUAGAUGCUGAGACUUCUUCCGCUUCCAUUGGUGGUUUCAACAGGGCAGAGGCUUUCAGACCAUUUUAGAUCCUCUCAUCAAACUCCCUGCUGCAGAAUCUUGGAAUCUGGAUAUCGCUUAAGAAUCCAUAUCAUCGAUUAUCUGAAUAUAUACAUAUAUAUAGCUAAGCUUCAUUCCAGAUAAUCUAAUCUAGUACUAGCUAGUAUGGUACGUGGUACUAAUGGCCAGGCCGGCUUUGAAUUAUUCAAUGUAUGUAUGUAUCUAUGUUGUUAUUGGGAUCUAGUGUUUUUCCUCAAUCUUAGUAUUGCUUAAAGCUUUUCUUGUUUAAUGUGU